CCCUCCCCUCCGCCCGUCACCGCCGCCGGGAAGCUGCUGCUGUCGGUGCAGCUCGUUCGAGUCGCAGGUACCUGGCCCGGGGCCUGUAGGCAGCGCCUGGGAUAGAGCCACUUGAUACCUCCUGCACCAUCCCUGUAGCACUGGAGGUCCAGUAGGCCUGGCCGGGGCCCUGAGGGGCGAGGGUGCCCGGGCUUCCCGCACCUUCCGCGGCGACUGGAGGGAGCCAGGCCGAGGAAGCGACCGCGGGUCCGUGAUGGCUUCUUCGCGGUCUGUGUGUUCACGAGGGCCGGGAAGAGGCCUGCGAGGGUUCUCGUUUGCGCUUGCGGGUUAGGGCUGUGGUCCGGGGAACCCCUGGGCAGCGCGGGCAGCCUUGGCUCGCGGUUAAUCGGGGGAUGAGCGCGGCAGCCCCGCCGCAGGUCCAGCUGCGCGGCCGGGGCGAGACGGUGCUUUCGCGGCGUGUGCUUGGAGGAGCGCACAGUUCAGGCGCCGGGACAAGCUGUUGGGGUGUGAGUGAGCUCUGCAGAAUGGCACAUGGCUCCGGGGCGCCCGUGUUAAAAGGCAGGAUUUGCACACCUUCCACUUAGGGCUCGGGUAAUCGCAAACUUCCUCCCUUAAUUGGCUUGCAGUGCUAAAAAGCAGAUCUUUCUCUCUGAGGUUUUCCCAACAGUACCUCAAGAAAAAAACAUCUGUUUUUAUAACGUUCCACGAUAUUCGGAAUUGGCUUCAGAACAUAAUAAGAUCCUUGCCAGCACAUUACAGAAUAUUUUUGUUGAACCUUCUUGAGAAUUCAGAGAAACUGCUGAGUGACCACUGAACGAAAGAUCUAAUCUUAAGGCUUACGCGUGUUCCAUCCACCACAUCAGAACAAUGUCGUAUGUUUUUGUAAAUGAUUCUUCUCAGACUAACGUGCCCUUGCUACAAGCCUGUAUUGAUGGGGACUUUAAUUAUUCCAAGCGACUUUUGGAAAGUGGCUUUGACCCAAAUAUUCGUGACAGCAGGGGCAGAACAGGCCUUCACCUUGCAGCAGCUCGAGGAAAUGUAGACAUCUGCCAGUUACUGCAUAAAUUCGGUGCCGAUCUUCUGGCCACAGAUUAUCAAGGAAACACAGCUCUUCACCUCUGUGGCCAUGUGGAUACUAUCCAAUUUUUGGUUUCCAAUGGACUCAAAAUUGAUAUUUGCAAUCAUCAAGGUGCUACCCCUUUAGUUCUGGCAAAGCGCAGAGGAGUAAAUAAAGAAGUCAUCCGAUUGCUGGAAUCUUUGGAAGAACAGGAGGUGAAAGGAUUUAACAGAGGAACCCACUCGAAACUGGAGACCAUGCAGACAGCUGAGAGUGAAAGUGCCAUGGAAAGCCAUUCACUCCUCAAUCCCAACCUGCAGCAAGGUGAAGGAGUCCUUUCCAGCUUCCGAACCACAUGGCAGGAGUUUGUGGAGGAUCUGGGCUUCUGGAGAGUAUUGCUCUUGAUCUUCGUCAUUGCUUUGCUGUCUCUUGGCAUUGCCUAUUAUGUGAGUGGGGUGCUACCCUUCGUGGAAAACCAGCCUGAACUGGUGCAUUAAAGGAGCUCAUGGAACAUGAGGCAAUUAAUUGCCUGUUUCCUGGCUCCCAAUGUUUGUUCUCAGUUUCUCAGAAUUUUUCUUAGUGCAAAGCAGUGAGGGCGGUACAUGUUUCUUUUUGCAUUUUUAAUUAUUGUAAUCCUUUUAGAUAACGAUGUGUUCAUUUGAACUAACUACAUACUAUGAUCAAGUAUAUUGCAUCCUAACGCUACCUCUGACUCAACCUGACCUUGUAGGAAAACCUACAUGUAGCCUUGUUUGAUAAAGACACAGAAAUGACUAGAGAAUGGAAGAUAAAGGAAGAAGCUAGGAAGUCCUUGCUAUCAAAACCUUAUCCUAAUAUAGGACCAAUUGAAGUAUCCAAAAAGAAAAACAGUAUCUUAAUAUGAUUAGUUUUUGUUGGUGGUUUUGUUUUCAUUUAUUUUUGCAAGAGCCACUUUUUAUUUACUUUCUCUAGGGAUAAGAGAUAACUUAAAACUUGAAGUACUUUUUUCAAAUCUUGUGUGCAAAUUAGUAUUGUUAGCAUCUAUUCAGCUUAUUUUACUAUUUUUAAGUCUAGUCACAAACCAAACAGAACUUUUGAAAAUGAGCUAUAUUUUGUUCAAAGAUGAUUGAUUUGAUCUUAUAUUUAUUUGUUUUUAGGAUAAUUUUUGAUCUUUUUGUAAACUGCUUUGCUUCUUAAUAUCUGUGAAAAAUAAAUGAGUUCAUUUUGUUCACUUUCCAAUUUUCCCUAGUAUCCUAGUCCUCAAAGAUAACCGUUCAUCAGAAUUACAGUCAGAAAAUCCUUUCUCUACUGAAUAGUUAGCAGGGAAAAAUAAUUCUGAUAUUUAACUGUCAUAAUUCUGUAGUGCUAUUAUAGUGAAAAACUCAGUUCUAUAAGCUAGCUGUGUUGUCACAGUUUUAUCAUAGUUCAUAAUUAUUUCAUGUGCAAUCCUAUUUAGAGGCCCCGUUAGACUUUUAACAAUUCCAUCCAUAUCUGUAAUUCUCUGAUGGCAAGAAUGGAUGGAGCAUUUCUGAGUUAACAGUGCUGAACAGUAUUGUACUGGGUGUCAUAAAUUCUUUAUGAAUGGUAAUAUUAUGUAAAUUGAAAUCUGGCCCUCAAACUAUAUUGCAGCUUUCAGCAGUAUGUUCGAAGGUCUCUUUUGUUAAUGAUUCUGUAAUGUAUGAAUUAUGUUCUUGAGUUAUUAAAAAAGAAUAUGAAGGCCUGAUAUACUCAUUGGGUAAAGUCAGGAAAUUGUAGUGAAACAAGUAAUGGUUUUGUUUUUUGGAAUAAAGGCACCUAAGCUAUUGCUAAUUGAAUUGCUGCUAGAAUUAGAAAUUAUGCUUUAGAAUAGAAUUGGUAUUUCUGUGAUUCUUUUUGCUUCUUGGUAUUUUCUCUUGUAUCUAUAUAUCUAGUAUUGAGGCUCGCUCUUUCAUGUGGCUUUAUCCUCUCUUUAAUAGCUGUUGUAAAAUUCCUGAGUAACUGGCUGCUUCAGGAUCAGCUUACAGAGUCUUGCUUUUAGGUUAGAUACAAACAAAGUAAAUCAUAGUCAGUGUAAAUACAGCAAAAGACAGCUGGCUUUAGAAUGGAGAACACUACAAUUCAAAUUUGAAGUAUAUUCAGAAGAAAACUUUGGAAUUAGCUUUACAUUUGUUUGUAAAUCUAAACAAAUAUGCAAAAUUGGUCAAAAUAUAAGUAUAUAGCAUUUUUAAAGAUUAAUGGUUCCUUUUAUGUGCUGAUUUCUUUGUAUUCUGUUUUCUCUGCAUUCAUUCAGGAAUACCACCAAUAAAUGUAUUUAUACAUCCCUUAA